UUCGUUUCCCUCGACAUCUCCUUCCUUCGUGAGCAUUGCGAAACGCGACUUGAUCUCGGCCACCUUGAUGAAGAGGUCGGGGCGAGCGAGCGCGUUGUGGUGCUUGGUCAGGAGAGGGUUGUGCUCGGUGCCGUUCGUCAGUUUGUCAGCGUACGAAGCCAUAGCAGCCUCAUCGCGCAACAGGCUCAGCUCCCCCAUGACCAGCUCCUUCGGCUCGCGCAUCGCCUCGGCCAGUUUCGUCUCCAGCUUGCCCAUUCUCGCGACAAGCCAGAACGCAGACUCGCGGAGGAUGACACGUCCUUCGGCGCGGGCGGCUUGAAUUUCCUUUUGCACUGCGGCCUCCAGCAGCUCCUGCUCGGGAACGGUGUGGAGCUCUCCGAGGACGUACUUGAAGAUCAGUCGGUUGAUGGCGACUUCGUGAGUGACCUCUGCUUCGCGGCUUCUGGUGGUUGCGGGCAUAUUGGCGAUUGACUUGGGUAUACUAGCGAGGACAACGUCAGCUCGCUCAGCAUCGGCGACAAGGCUGCUUUGAAGGGCACAACUCACCGUGGGGUGUGUAGGGUUGUAGGUUAUAACGUUGCCAGAUGCGAUCGAUGGAUGUCGUGAUGAGAAGAUGUGAGGUUGCGAAGAAGUGGGUGUUUUGGGGGAUGAAGAUAGUAAGGAAGAGGAAGAGGUUGCGGGUAUAGGAAGAAGGUGU